CGGCGCUGUUCUCGGAGCUGAGCUGAGGUGUGAGCGCGGCGCGCGGUGAGCAGGUGGUGGGCUCCCAGCGCGCGCCGCGGCUAUAUAGGCCGCGCCCGGCCGGGGGCGGACACACGACACCGAGCCAGUCCCACCAAUCCCAGCACCAUGCAGCCCCUGACAGCGUGCCUGCUCGUGUCGGCCGCGCUGGCCGGCGCCUCCGGCCAGAUCGUGACGCCGUGGCUGGACGGCUACAGCGGCCAGCAUCAGACGGGCAGCCUCAUCACAUACCACGACAGCGCCAGCAGCCUCGGCGGCUGGAACGACGUCAUGCGCUCCGCCUGCAUCAACGGAUUUUGGGUGUUCUUCGAGCAUGAUCAGUUUAAUUAUGACGCCGGAAGAGUGCUCUGGUCCUACGGCUUCAACUACUGCUUCACUUUCAAGGCGGACUUCGAUCAGCAGACUUCGAGCAUCCGUCGGGUCGGUGACUACUAUGACGCUGCCGCCGACUCCCUCAGUCUCUACGAGGGCACCUACUUCUCGGGCAAACAGGUGUUCACCGAGAGCUACCUGAGCAGCAUUGGAACGACAUACGGCUACCAGUCAGUGAUAGUGACGGGCCCGGACGCGUGGACCAUCUACUCUGGCGACAACUAUACGGGCUACAGCGUGUGUCUGUACUCGGGCAGCGACAGCGCCGUCUCGCCCAGCGGACAGAAGAUCACCUUCGGCCUCUUCCCGACGGCCGACUACCUGGGCGUGGUGGGCUCCAACAUCCGGUCGGCGCGCAAGGGAUGCUACUCGGGGGUGACUCUGCGCGGCCAGCCGCUCACCGCCGAAAACCACAUCUCCACUGUGGUGGAGGAGGACGCUGCGAGCGGAGGGGUCGGACGCGCCGGAUCAAACUAGGAGCAGACACCACCGGUCUCUGAGCUGUCGGUGUCUGUAGCUACCUAGCGUCGAGCGGGGCUGGCUUAGAUUUGAUAAUUGAUACCUAUAUUGUUUUUAUAGAAUACAUUGUUACGUUACGAUGAAA